AUGGUGCACGGCGUUCAGGAUGUUCUCCUUGAACGGACAGAGAUGCCUGCAGCACGGGCCAGCCUGCCUCCUGACCAGUUCCAGGACAAUGGUAAAGAUGACAGCCACGUGGGCAAGACACCAGGCAUGAUCACUUUUAUCGAGGGCGCACUAUGUGCCCAGUGUCUGCUAAAGGAGCUGAAGGCCCCCCUGGAGGAGUACGUCCACAAACGCUACCCUGGGCUGGUGAAGGUGGUACGAAAUCAAAAGAGAGAGGGCCUGAUCCGAGCUCGCAUUGAGGGCUGGAAGGCGGCCACCGGCCAGGUCACCGGCUUCUUUGAUGCCCACGUGGAAUUCACUGCUGGCUGGGCCGAGCCGGUUCUAUCCCGCAUCCAGGAAAACCGGAAGCGAGUGAUCCUCCCCUCCAUCGACAACAUCAAACAGGACAACUUCGAGGUGCAGCGCUACGAGAACUCGGCCCACGGGUACAGCUGGGAGCUGUGGUGCAUGUACAUCAGCCCCCCGAAAGACUGGUGGGACGCCGGGGACCCUUCUCUCCCCAUCAGGACGCCGGCCAUGAUCGGCUGCUCCUUCGUGGUCAACAGGAAGUUCUUUGGUGAAAUCGGUCUUCUGGACCCUGGGAUGGACGUGUACGGAGGAGAAAACAUCGAACUUGGAAUCAAGGUGUGGCUCUGCGGGGGCAGCAUGGAAGUCCUUCCCUGCUCGCGGGUGGCCCACAUUGAGCGGAAGAAGAAGCCGUACAACAGCAACAUUGGUUUCUACACCAAGAGGAACGCGCUCCGGGUGGCUGAGGUCUGGAUGGACGAUUACAAGUCUCACGUGUACAUAGCAUGGAACCUGCCGCUGGAGAAUCCAGGAAUUGACAUAGGUGAUGUCUCGGAGAGAAGAGCUCUGAGGAAAAGCCUGAAGUGUAAGAAUUUCCAGUGGUACCUGGACCACGUGUACCCAGAAAUGCGAAGAUACAACAACACCGUCGCCUACGGGGAGCUCCGCAACAACAAGGCUAAAGACGUCUGCCUGGACCAGGGCCCGCUGGAGAACCACACAGCAAUACUGUACCCAUGCCACGGCUGGGGACCACAGCUUGCCCGCUACACCAAGGAAGGCUUCCUGCACCUGGGCGCCCUGGGCACCACCACGCUCCUCCCUGACACCCGCUGCCUGGUGGACAACUCCAAGAGCCGGCUGCCGCAGCUCCUCGACUGUGACAAGGUCAAAAGCAGCCUGUACAAGCGCUGGAACUUCAUCCAGAAUGGAGCCAUCAUGAACAAGGGCACGGGUCGCUGCCUGGAGGUGGAGAACCGCGGCCUGGCCGGCAUCGACCUCAUCCUCCGCAGCUGCACGGGACAGAGGUGGACCAUUAAGAACUCCAUCAAGUAGGGGGAAGGGGCUGGCACCCCACGGCCCGGCCCCCAGGACAUAGCUGGUCCGUCCGUCCUCUGGACCAGCCACACGUGGAGAGACAGCAGGGGCCAACAGGCGCUCGCUGGGCCUCCCAGGGCUUCUCUGGGACAGCACAGGGACCCCAGAUGGAGACUCAUGUCCCCUUCGGCAUCCAGCUGCCCACAAGGCUUGUACACCCUGGAAAAGCCCCCACUCCUUCUCUGGGACACCAGCCGUGUCUCCUGCAGCCCCAGUGUGGACCUGGCACCGGGGAGUGAGACUGUCCACGUCUCUGCUGUGUCAUCCCCCACCCCAGUGGCAGGAUCUGGCACUGGCUGGGUCCCCUCCCACGUCUCAUCCUUUGCAGCAGGAGCAGCUUCUAAAUUCUACCCCAACACGGUGGGCGCAGCGGGGGCUUCAGCCACAGCAGAGCCCCCCUCCUUGGAGGAGGCAGUGAGGCCCUGAGACGCAGUUGACCCUGAGGUUGCUUCUGCCCAGGUGUCUGUUCACCCCAGAGGCAGCUGCCACCCUCAACUUUCCCACCAGGGUAGCUUUGGAGACUGUAGCUCUGGAAAUUUCCAGAAGGAGCUGCUGCUUCCCCUGCUGGACACCUGGGCAUUGGGCCCCUAUAAACUCGCGUGGGCUGGCUCUGCUGCCUGAGUCUGGAGGGAGCCAGAGACAGAAGCAGUCUGAGCACGUAGGCUGGUCUGGGCUGCGAGGGCCCCCAGGGUGGAGCCAGGCCGGGGAGCCUGAGCAACGGAGCUGCCCCGGGAGCAGCCAGGGCCUCCGUCCAGGAUUCCAGGGCUGACGCCAGCACAGUCGAGGGCGCCAGGGAGCUCGCAGAGGCCUUGUGCCCACCUCGUUCCACCCCACGCUCUGCUGGCUGGCAGGGGAGAGGGCAGUCGUUUCCUCUCUUAAGAGUAAUAGCUUUUUGCGAUUGCCCUCUGGUUAGGGUGCACUUAUAAAUCAGAGUUAAUAUAUGGACGUGUGUGCAUGCACACGAGUGUGUGUGCUGUGUGCUGUGUGCGUCUGGCGUGUGCAUCUGAGAGUGUGCCGAGGCUGACCGAGCUGGGCGGCCUCCGGCUUACUGCAUAACUGCUCACCUGGAUGGGGACGGGGCUGCGGGGCAGUGUGUGGGGUGAGGGCCCCACGUCACCGGCCCGGAGGUGCCCCUGAGGGAAGCCUGUCCCUUCUGCCGGUUCCCAGCUCUCCCCUGUGCUGUCCCUGGCCAGCCCCUGCCCAGAGCAAACCCUGUAGUUGCCCCGUUGCUCAGUGCGGGAUUCACAGUGUCUCAUUUGGUGGCAUCUUGCUGGUGAUCAUCCCUCGCCCCGUCUCCCACCUUGUGAAAUAAAUACACGUUAGCA